AUUUUUGCUAGCAAAACCAGCUGAUGCAUUGAGGCUAGCCAGUCAGUGAUGGAUUCCAGGUCUGGCAGGCCUCCUUUCUCUAUGUCCAGCUCCAGGUCCUCCUAUACUUCAACUUCAUCCUACACCUCUUCCUCUCUGGGUGCCAGUAGACUCUAUGGUAGGGAGAGGGUGCUGAGCAGUGACUUCUUCCCCAGGGCUUCAACGGUCAAAUCAGAAGCGGACUACCAGAGUUAUCCUUACCGUAGCUCACCAAGAGAAGAUGCCAGUUCAGACAGCCGCUCCUCUAGCUGGAGACUCCCCUCUCCUCUGACAACCUCCUCUAGAUCUUAUGAUCGUCCCUGGGCUGACUCCCCUUUAAGUGGUAGGAGCAAACUGAACGAUUCCGAGAGGAGAUUGGGCACAUACUCUGGUUUGAAUGCCACUGAUGAUGGAGAUUCUAAAAGGGCCAAGCUGUCAUUUGGCAACAGAGGGGCUUAUUCAAAGACGCCCUCAACCACAGUUAAUGGAUCAUCUUAUUCUGGCAGCAGGCUAAGUGGUGGCACAGGCGUAGGGGAGAAGCGGACUGACACCUGGUUAGAUUCAUCAUGGAGAUCAUGCCGUUUAUUAUCCCGGUCAUCCUCUUCCACUGCUGGCUCUUUAGAGCCAGAGUCACUGUUGUCCAGGAGGAAGCUGGAGACGAGGCACGAACCCAGUCCUUCUGGUCAGGGAGAGAGCAGGAUUAGGAGCCCUGGAUUGGCUUCUGCAUUGUAUCAGCCAGGAAGGUUAACCUCCACCUAUGCACAGGGAGCUCGGCCCAAAGACACCCUCUACUCCUCCUUUUCCUCUGCUCCCUCUUCUUCAAGGGAGAGCUCAGUCAAUGGUCUUGUCUCUUCUGCCUCCACCACCUCUCACUAUCAGUCCUCUCAAUCUGCCCGUGAACUCGGCAUCAGAACCACAACAGCCCAUUCCCGUACCGUCUCCUCCCAGGAAAGCCCCAAGUCCACCUCGGCCAUCUCUUCCUCCUCCUCCCGUUUUGUCUCUCCCAUGCCCAGACAGGAUACCAACCGCCUUCCCCCUCAAGCUGUCUCUGAACAGCCUUUGCUGAGGCAGAUACCCGAAGAGCCAGAGGGUCGUCGCUCGACUCGCCGCCUUCUAUCCCGCCUCUUCUCCCGUCGGUCUAGCCAUGACUCCUCUAGUGGGUCAUCCAGCGUGCAGCAGUCUUCCAUUGGCUCGACCUUUGAGAGUCAGCCAGCAACCGGAGAAGCUGCGAACAAUGAGGAAGGGGCCAGGAUUUCCAGUGUGGAGCCUGACACCAGAGGCUCUGAGGCAGUUCAGGGCCUUGCCCAUCUUGGGCCUCACAGAGGUGAACUCCCCAUUUUAGAAGAUGGCCAAGGCGAGAGUCAACCUAGUGCCCUGAUUCAGCCUAGCCAAGAUUCUAGGCGGCUGCUCAGUAGUAAUAGUAACAGUAGGAGUGCUGGAAGGAGCAGCUCAAAUUGGCUUUCCUCCUCUCUUCGCAACCGCUACACUCCCUUCUUUUCCCGCCAUGUUAGAGAUGAGAGCAGCCCCCCAGCUACGGGUUUGAUAGAUGGUUGUCUCCGGCAUCUCAGGAGACAGGAUGACCCUAACUACAAGGCAUCUGAUGAUAGUGAGGACGAAGAUGACGAGGUACUUGAGAGUGUGGAAGUCCCUGGUCCUUCUGGUCCUGGUAUCAUCCGGGUACAACCGAUGCAACCCAACGCAACUGAGAUUGGAAUCGCAGUUUUGCCAACCCCGAGAGGCAGAUUAUAUGAAGACAUAGUUGCUGUGGACUCAGAGAUUCCAGAGGAGAAGAAGCCUGUUCCAUCUAGGGACCCUGAAAGGCUGUGCAAGAUUCAAGAGAGCCUGCUACUGGAGGAUUCUGAUGAGGAGGAAGGGGACUUGUGCCGUAUCUGCCAGAUGGGGGAGGAGUCUGCAUCCAACCCUCUGAUUGAACCGUGCCGCUGCACUGGUAGUCUGCAGUAUGUUCAUCAGGAAUGCAUCAAGAAGUGGCUCCAUUCCAAAAUCAGCUCAGGCACAAGUCUCGAGUCCAUCACAAAAUGUGAACUCUGCAAGGAGAAACUCCAUCUGAACAUAGACAACUUUGAUGUUAAUGAGUUGUACAGGACACACAUGCAGUCAGAUUAUGAGUUCAUCAGCAGUGGUCUCUACCUGGUGGUGCUGUUGCAUCUGUGUGAGCAGAGGUUCUCGGAUGUCCUUGGAGCUGCCAAUGAAGCGGGGUUUUUCAACCUGGCGAGAACUCUUCAUGAACACAUGGACAAUCUUGAAAGUUCUCGUGAGGAAGGGGCUACGGAGGAAGGCGGGCGGGACAACAGGCCAUCUAUCGACUUCUCUGACCUGGAGGAAGACGCUGAGGAGGAUUGGUCAUGAGAGAACAGGGGGAUGAGGGCAAACACAAGGGAGACUGAAAAUGGGAGGCAACUCCGUGCUGUGUGAUACGCAUAUGCUUUACUCAUGCAGUCUGUGUGCAACGGUGUUUGUGGUGCUGGGCCUUUGAGUGAGCUUGAGGGAAAAUUUUGAAAACAAAAUGCCAAGUGCACAGGACCGUAACGGGUCCUGUGGUAGAGGGUAGUCGUAGAUAUGCAGGGUCUGAUGUGAGCUGGCGAGGAAAUAUUUUGGUUUCCGCCAUUAUCUCCACUUUUCUUUGCGUGCACUUUAAUUCUUAGAUGGCUUAUGAAAUGCAAAUCAUUUGGCUUGAUAAACCUUGAAUGCUUCGUUUACUGGGCUAAGAAGUGUCAACUAUGUAACUAUGUAAGCAGUUCAACUGAAUUAGACUAGAGGGUGAAAAGUUAAGUUACUCGUAGUUCAGCUGUGACGAGAGAUCGAUGUUUUUUUUUCUUCCUUGUGACCUCCUAGAGGAUGUUCUAAACUAUGGAUGGAAUAUGAAACCUCACAGCUAAAUCGGCAGUUUGUUUUCUCCAUUGUCUUUGGUUUUUGCUGUUGAACAUCUCCUGUGUGUUUUCGUGAAUACAUUUUCCAAUAAAGGUUUGACUCAAUGCAGUGUGGACUCAUGAGAGG